AUGAGUAAUAAACUGAAAAACACAAGAAAGAGCAAGGUAAAAAAAAGUCAAGAAAUGUCUGCCAAUUUAAAAUACCUUUCCUUGGGCAUCCUGGUUUUUCAGACCACAGGUUUAGUCUUGACCAUGCGUUAUUCUCGGACACUGAAAGAAGAAGGACCCCGUUACUUAUCCUCUACUGCAGUAGUUAUUGCUGAACUUCUGAAGAUUUUGGCCUGUGUUCUGUUGGUCUACAAAGACAGCAAGUGCAAUUUGCGGACUCUGAACAGAGUGCUACAUGAUGAAAUCCUCAAUAAACCCAUGGAAACUCUUAAACUUGCUGUUCCUUCAGGAAUUUAUACUCUUCAGAAUAACUUGCUGUAUGUAGCAUUAUCAAAUCUAGACGCAGCCACAUACCAGGUUACAUACCAACUGAAAAUUCUUACCACAGCAUUGUUUUCUGUGUCCAUGUUGAGCAAGAAAUUGGGUGUAUACCAGUGGCUUUCAUUAGUAAUAUUGAUGACAGGAGUGGCAUUUGUGCAGUGGCCUUCAGACUCUCAAGCAUCAGCUGCCAAGGAGCACUCAGCAGGAUCUCAGCUUGUAGGCCUCAUUGCAGUUCUGGUAGCUUGCUUUUCUAGUGGAUUUGCUGGGGUUUAUUUUGAGAAAAUUUUAAAGGAAACUAAGCAGUCCGUUUGGAUCAGAAACAUUCAGCUUGGAUUUUUUGGUAGCAUAUUUGGACUGAUGGGUGUAUACAUUUAUGAUGGAGAACAACUGUCAAAGAAUGGAUUUUUUCAAGGAUACAAUAAACUUACUUGGAUAGUCGUUGUUUUACAGGCACUUGGAGGGCUGGUGAUUGCUGCUGUUAUAAAAUAUGCAGACAACAUUUUAAAGGGAUUUGCAACUUCUCUCUCUAUUAUACUGUCAACGUUGAUCUCCUACUUCUGGCUGCAAGAUUUUGUCCCCACAAGUGUCUUUUUCUUCGGAGCCAUCCUUGUAAUAGCAGCUACUUUCCUAUACGGUUAUGAUCCCAAACCUGCAGGAAAUCCCAUUAAGGCAUAGCAGACUUCCUCAUCAACCUGCUUCUCAAGACCAUGCACUGGGCGCCUUGCUAACAAUGACAUGUGGAAAGUGUCAUUGUGCACUGCAAGGAAAGGAUUCCUACCCUGAAUCUAUUGAAAAAAGUGCUUAUGAGUAGUUCUGAACAGCCAGAGGGGUUAAAGGUGGAUGAUGAUACUGUCUGUAACUGAUAGGAAAAGAAAAAAGACAGGGGAAUGCCCAGUGCAACCUGCUAAUAAAAAACUUGAAAGGAACAAAAAGUUUCCAUGAAACUGCAAUUAGGAAUGUUUACAGCUUUGACUGGGAUUGCAUCAAAUGAAUUUACUGUACUGACUGCUGCAGAAAUAUAUCCUAUGCACUCUUCAGAAGAGCACAUGACAACGCUGUCAGAUUGUAUGUUUUUGCAA